UCCCCAAACACCUCCUUUCCUCUCUCUCUUUCUUUCCCUCUGACAAACCUUCUCCCUGCCCCGUCACUUAAAACUUUCACUGUCUUUCUCUCUCACUUUUGUCCCUUUUAACCCAAAGGUUUCCUCCAAGCCUCCAUAUUCUCUCCCGUCUUUCACGAGUCUCUCUCUCUCUCUCUCUCUCACCCACACACACAUCAAUUCAUCGAUCAUGCUUCAAAGCUUGGUCCCUCGAUCCUCACUUUCUGAGAGUCCAAACGGUACCUCUUCUUCCUCCAUGAAGACCAAGCGCGUGGACCGUGACCUCGACGAGGCCGGCGGUGACGGUGAUGAUCCCUCCUCAUUCAAGAGGCAGAGCUCCGGCAGGAAUUUCUCUGGUGAGGCAUCUGUCUCCGGCGAGAAGACUGUUGAGGAAGGGGAGGGGCGUGAGGAUCAGGAGCCACCGUUGGAAGGCACCGAGUCGACGGGUCUCAGACUCCUCGGCUUGUUGCUACAAUGCGCGGAGUGCGUCGCCAUGGAAAACCUGGAUGAUGCCAGUGACCUUCUGCCGGAGAUAGCGGAGCUUUCCUCGCCGUACGGGACGUCACCCGAACGCGUCGGCGCGUACUUUGCACACGCUCUUCAGGCGCGCGUCGUCAGCUCAUGCCUCGGCACUUACUCGCCUCUCACCACGAAAUCGCACACUCUUGUUCAGUCCCAGCGAAUCUUUAGCGCCUUCCAAUCCUACAACUCUGCCUCUCCCCUCGUCAAAUUCUCGCACUUCACCGCCAACCAAGCCAUCUUCCAGGCCCUCGACGGCGAAGAUUGCGUCCACGUCAUCGACCUGGACAUCAUGCAAGGCCUUCAAUGGCCAGGAUUGUUCCACAUCCUCGCCUCCCGCUCGAAGAAGAUCCGAUCAAUGAGGAUAACCGGGUUCGGAUCCUCCGCCGAGUUGCUCGAGUCCACCGGCCGGCGACUGGCCGACUUCGCAAGCUCACUCGGCUUGCCGUUCCAGUUCCACCCUGUGGAGGGCAAAAUCGGGAACAUAACCGACCUGAGUCAACUCGGAGUGAAGCCCAACGAGGCCAUAGUGGUCCAUUGGAUGCACCAUUGCUUGUACGAUAUCACCGGAAGCGAUUUGGGGACGUUGAGACUGUUGACUCUGUUGAGGCCGAAGCUUAUAACGACGGUCGAACAGGAUCUGAGUCACGCCGGGACCUUCCUCGCGAGGUUCGUGGACGCCUUGCAUUAUUACAGCGCGUUGUUCGACGCGCUCGGGGACGGAUUGAGCGAGGACAGCACAGAGAGGCAUACGGUGGAGCAGCAGCUGUUUGGGUGCGAGAUAAGGAACAUCGUGGCUGUUGGUGGGCCCAAGAGGACCGGCGAAGUGAAGGUCGAAAGAUGGGGCGAUGAGCUGAGACGGGUCGGGUUCCGACCGGUGUCUCUACGGGGCAACCCGGCUUCCCAAGCGAGCCUCUUGCUGGGUAUGUACCCUUGGAGAGGGUACACUCUAGUGGAAGAGAAUGGGUGUCUCAAGUUGGGGUGGAAGGAUCUUUCUCUUUUGACUGCAUCUGCAUGGCAACCGUCAAAUUAGAUGACCUUUCUUGGAUGAAAUCCAAGGAUGGUGGUUUGUUAGAUCCUCGGGGUUCAGAGGUGGUCGUAGAUUUACAGGGGGCUGAUGAGGAACACGUGAUCAUGACGCCGGUAUUUGCCAGGAUCUCUGCUUCUGCUUCUGCAAUUGGAUUCUUGGAGAAAGUGCAUGGGGAUUCUUUUUGGGUAAUGAGUAAAAUGGGAAAUGAUUGCAACUAUGAUUGUAAUUUAUUUUUUCAAUAAAAAAAGGUUUGUGAAUUUCAGGAA